AUGGACAACGACGAGUUCGAGUGGGCACGCCCUGCUACGGACAUCUUGUCAUCUCGGCUUCCCGAGGGCCGCUUCACCGUGGAGGACCUAUGCACGGUUUAUUUGCAGAGGCAGAAGCCGCGGCCAUUCACCAGUCCAGAAGUGCCGAGGAAGCCUGCGGCUAUUCGGAUGGAAGAUCUGCGAGAUGCCACGGCUGCUGCCAUCUUUGUUGCCGAGGAGCGCGAGGCUCUGAACAGCCCAUCGAACGUCCAGAAGAUGGGCAGGUCCCGGCGGCAUCAGGAUGUCCCCCACAAGGAAGUCUGGGCGAACACCUGCCAGUCCAAUCUCCUUUUCGAGGUGUGGAGACCACCAGAGCUGGUCAAGGACUGGGAGUGGGAGCUGCCGGCGCCGCCGACCUCUCUGCCCGGCGGUGCCGCCAGGGUGAAGCCGGGGCGCUUGAAGCGUUCUUGGACUGUUAGUUCCGAGCAAUGGAUGCCUACAUCCACGAGAGGCGAUGAGCCGGCCACCCGCAGCGCCACUGCAGGGCUCAGGCCGGAGCCCGCGCAAAGUGCGUGGCUCUCUGACAACGGGGAGUUUGUGCGGCCUACGCCUUUGAAGGCACGCGUUCGCAUGGAAGCUCCAGUCCCGUCGCCGUCGCCACCUGCCACGUUUCACCAACGUGCAGCUACGGCCGCGGCAUGGGUGUUCGGCAGACGGCAGGUCCCAGUGCCUGUCAAUACCAUGAGCCAGGAUCAGGACCCGGAAGCUCAGGCGGACCUGCUGGUGAAUGAAAUGCGGGAGCAACUGAAGCACACCUGCAAAGAGCCGCUUCAGGUGCGAAAACUGAUUUUCCGCGAUUUGCAACGGCAACUUCACCCGGACAAAAACACGGAAUGCGAGGAGGCUGCCAAGCACGCCUUCCAGAAGCUAAUGGAGGAGCGCAAAGCAUACCUUGGUGCAGAUCCGGCCGGGUUCGGGCAGGCAAGUGAAUCAAACACGUGA